AUGCUACCGGGUACCUCGCCUGAAUCCGCGUACACAUUAUACGGAUUACUUGAGCUAGCCACCCACGACACAUCCGCCUUCGAGCCAUCUGGCGGCCGAGCGGCUUGCUGCCCUUCCGUCCUUCCAGGCAAGAAACAUGUCACCGGGGCGCCGUACGGGCAUUCGAAACUGGAACCCACAAUGUCCUCGUCGAAGGACCGGAGUUCGCCCGAGCCCCGGUCAGAUGCGCGCUGGGCAAAGCACGAGGGAUUGCUAGAACCUGAUGAUGUCGAGGCGCUCAGUCUCAACCGCUCCGGCCACGCCGACAACAAACCAACCAAUGUCGGCAUGCGCUCCGACGUGGCCGGCCUCAUGUCCUGGGCGCUGUCCCCGAUCCUCCGCUUCAUCUGCUACCCGCCGCCCGGGUCCCUGCGGCUGAGACGGACGGCCUGGCUGGACGGCGUGCGCGGCGUCGCAGCGCUGGCCGUGUACAUCUUCCACGCCAUGGGCUGCUGGGCGCCCAUCGUGCCCGCCUGGCACGCCGACGAGAAGCAGACCAGCGUCCUGCAGCUGCCGCUCGUCCGGACCGUCUUCGUCGCCGGCGGCGGCGCCGUGUCCGUCUUCUUCGUCCUCUCGGGCUACGUGCUCACCCACCGCUGCCUCCGCCUGAUCCGCGCCGGGUCGCCGCGCGCCGUCUACCCGGCCGUGGCCUCGUCCAUGUUCCGCCGCGGCUUCAGGCUGUACCUCCCGCCCGUGCUGCUGACCUUCUGCGAGAUGCUGCUGACGCGCCUCGGCUACGCGCCGCCGCUGAACUUCUCUUUCACUCCCGAGCCGACCUUCCUGGCCCAGCUCUGGGACUGGCUGGUCGAGACGAACCGGCUGGUGAACCCGCUCUACAACUUCGGCCGCGCGAUCCGCGGCUUCGUCACCCAUCCGAAAUACGACCCCGUCAUCUGGACCAUCCCGGUCGAGUUCUACGGCUCCAUGGUGUGCUACGCCCUCUUAUUCACCCUCGCCCGCGUGUCGAGCAACCGCCUGCGAAUGGGCUUCGUCGCGCUGGUCAGCCUCCUCGGCAUGGCCCUAGGCUGCUGGAACAUCUUCUGCUUCGCCGCCGGCAUGCUCAUCGCCGACCUCAACCUAGGCCAGGACGAAGCCGACGCCAGCACCACCGCACUCCCCACCACCAGCACCACCACCCCGUCCUCUACUACCACCACCACCACCACCCAGACAACCAAACACCCCUUCUUCUGGACCACCACCUUCCUCAUAGCCUUCUACCUAGCCGGCUUCCCGACGCUGGUCUUCCCCGAGGCACGCACGAACCCAAUGCCAGGCUUCGAGACCCUGCGCGCCCUCAUCCCGACCAGCACCAGCACCACCACCGGCGGCGCGGCCGCGAUGGAAGACCCGGCGCGCUUCUGGUGGUCGGUGGGCGGGGCGCUGCUGCUGCUGUCGGCGUCGCAGCUGCCGCGGCUGCGCGCCGCCUUCGAGACGCGCGCGUGCCAGUACCUGGCGCGCAUCGCCUUCGCGCUGUACCUGGUGCACGAGCUGUGCGUCGUGCUGUUCGGGCUGGCGCUGCAGGGCCUGCUGCUGCGGCUGGCCGGCUUUGGCGCCGGGGCAAGCCAGCAGGAGCAGGGGCAGGAGCAGGAGAGAGGCGGCGGGGGCGUGACGUACUGGGCCGUGUGCGUGGUCUGGUUUGGGCUGUUUACGGUGCCUGUCUUCGCGCUGGCCGCGCAGGUGGAGAGGUGGGUGGACGCGCCGAGCGUCAGGUUUGCGAAGUGGCUGGAGGAGAGGUGUCUGGAGAUGUGGAAGGGUUUGCGUUGA